AUGCUUAUGAGCGAUGGAUUACUACGGGUAUUUUGGCCAUACGACCUACCCCGGUCAUCGUCGCCAGGCGUGAUUGUCGGAUGGCGAAACUCGGAACUCGACUUUUUUGUGCUUGCUGUGUUGGAAGAUGUGGAGCCUCGAAAUGUCGACAACGCCCUCCGCGCCGGGAUCCUCUUCCGCAAUAGCCCGCACCCGAUUGUGAGGAUAUUUACUCUCUGCGGGCGAUCAGCCAUGCAUGUUCUGGGGUCGACCAACCCGCAAGAUCCACCGACAUCCUUUAAUCCAUCUCAUUUGUAUGUUAAUACACAGCCGUCAUGCAAAGUUCCCCGCAUCUUCUGCCCGCCGGAGACCAAUCUGUCUGUUCAAGUCAUCAUGUUCCAUCGUCCUCAUCCGACCCGAAUGGAGUAUAUGUCGUUGCAUCCGAUUUCCCUCGCUCUCGGUGAUAAGGUCUUCAUUACGGAUAAAUCGGAUGCAGUGUCCGACAGGAUUGAUGCUGAAGAGGAAGGGGAUAGAUUUCAGUCCGGGAAACUAGUCGAGAAGCUCAAGCUGCAUACUGUUGUUAAACAUUUGCCGUCCCAUAAGGAGCAGGCGCUCCCCAUCAUCGUCAAUCAGGUCAAUUGCGCAUACGAGAUGGGGAAGCUGAUGGAAAAGAACAGCCAUUUAAUUGGGAUCCGAAUCAAGAGAAGCAUGAGUGUCGGAGAACGGGUCGUCGAAUCUGCCUCGACUGUGUGGGACCUUUUUGUGUUGGCUGUGUCUUAUGUGUUCUGGCAGUGGAUUUGGCCCAUCGUCACAAGCAUUUUCGUCAUCGGCCUUGUAUUCCACCGCACUGUAGCAGAGAUUGUCUUGCAGGUUCUGGAGUGGCGCGCUCGCCCUGACGCUGCCGCUCUGAAGGACAUAUCUGCGACGGCUCAGCAGGUUGAUAUUCGGCUUCAGCAAUUUUGCUAUUGGCCCAUCCAGUACGCCAAGUUACGGCAGAGAAAAGACAACUGGGAGAGUGUGACAACGAGUCAUCCGGACUAUAUCCGAUUCUAUAACAGCCUGUGGCUCGUUGCCAACGAUGUGAUAAUCGGUAUCGCGCUGGGGUCUUACAUUAUUGACAAUGCAAAUUGGGUCGCCUUUCAGAUUAAUUCCAUUCUCACGGGCUGGACUGUCGAGGGAUUGCAACGCACCAUAUCCUGGUUGAUGGACUGGCCAGCGGGUCUCAAGCUAAACAACGAGCUGGCUGCCUUCCUGGGUGACCUCUUUCUGUGGGUAAUCGAAAACUGGGCCGGGGCGAGCAUGCCCAUUGCUCUUUUUUCUGAUCUUGUGUCGAUCCUGACCGUGCACAUCUAUUCAUUCUACAUUGCAUCUGCGCGUAUUUUCAAUUGGCAACUGACUAUCAUCAUAUCCUUGUUCCAUCUCUUCCGCGGUAAAAAGCGAAACGUGCUGCGCAAUCGUAUAGAUUCCUGUGAUUAUGACCUCGACCAACUUCUCAUUGGCACCAUUCUGUUCACAGUGCUCUUCUUUCUCUUGCCGACCAUUGUUGUCUUUUAUUUGGCAUUUGCAUCCGCACGAAUGUUGAUCAUCUCACUCAAGGCGGCGCUCGAUACAUGGCUGGCUUUCCUAAACCAUUUCCCGCUCUUUGCAUUGAUGCUGCGAGUCAAAGAUUCCAGGCGACUGCCAGGCGGUAUUCGAUUCGAGCUUCGCGAGGAGUUUGACAAGUCGCCAACAAAUAAAUCGCAUUCGGUACCGUAUAUCCAUCUCGAGUCAAUCCCCCUAACUCUUCGUGCGAUGUUCGACCAGUAUUUCCAACUUGGCUAUCGUCUUCGCAAACACUAUCUUUCACCAGAGGUGAUUUUCUGUCUCUUCACUGGCCGUUUCGUGCCACCCAUCCACCGCCGCAAUUUGUACAGCAUGCAGUACAGCAUGCUUCCUGCCCGUCGGGCUGGUAUGGCGGAAGUGUGGUCUAUACUGAUGCAGCCUCGUAAAACCCAUAAUACCAGCAGCGGUUCCUCAUCAAUUAGUGGCGGCAUGAGCACGGCGACGAACGGGCUACUGAAAGUGCCGGGGGGAUUCGGACAGGGAGACAUGAGGAGGCGAGGACAUCGGUGA